GGAAAAAAAGAAAGGAGGGAGAAGGAAAAGGAGGAGGAAUAGUGGCCACUAAGCAGAGGAGGAGGAGUUCUUUCACAUAGUUGUUGUUGUUUGUACUUUUUUAUACGGCACAACGAGGAAUCCUCUGUCAUUUUCCAAAGCAGUGAGUUCUCAGUUCAGAGAACUGACUGGCUGGUUUAAAGAUCCCCAACUGUCUCUGUGCUCUAUACUAGACAGAGGAGAGAGGAGAGAUCACACACCACCAGGCUACCCAUUACAGAGAAGUAGAAUGAAGUUUUUCCACCAUCAUGGCUAAUGUUUCUGUAAUAACAGUGUUUGUUCUUUCAGGAUUCAAUGAAACAGUGAACCACAGAUCUAUUAUCUUCUUUCUCAGCUUGCUGUGUUACUGCACAAUACUUCUGGUGAAUGUUUCUCUGAUUGUGAUCAUCAUCUUGGAUAACAGCCUCCAUGAACCAAUGUAUAUUCUGCUGUGUGCUUUUUGCAUGAAUGGACUUUAUGGAACGACAGGUUUCUACCCCAAAUUUCUCUGGGAUCUGCUCUCUCCUGUUCAUGUUAUCUCUUAUUCUGGAUGUCUUGUUCAGGCUCUGGUCUUGUACUCUUUUGCCUGCAGUGAUCUGUCCAUUCUUGCUGUCAUGGCCUAUGACAGGUAUCUGGCUAUAUGUCGACCACUGGAGUACCACUCUGUCAUGUCCAAGAACAGAGUCACUAAGUUAGCAUUUUUCUCUUGGUUUACACCUUUCUGCAUUGUAACAACAAACAUCUAUCUAACGUCCAGGGUAAAGUUAUGCAGCUCACAUAUUGACAAACUGUUUUGCGUGAACUGGAGCAUUGUUCAACUGGCAUGUUUUCCAGAAGAGACCAUCAUUAAUGACAUAGUUACAAACAUUACAGUAAUCAUUUAUGGGUUUCAUGGUCUUUUCAUAGUUUGGUCCUACUUGUAUCUCAUCAAAACUUGCAUCAGUUCUUUAGAAAAUAGAGCAAAGUUCAUGCAGACAUGUGUACCACAUUUGAUCUCCUUAUUCACAUUUAUUUUCACUGUGCUCUUUGAUGUUAUAGCUUUGCGACUUGCUUCAAAAGAUUUCCCUCAAAUGCUUUUAAACUUCAUGUUGAUAGAAUUUCUCAUCAUACCUCCUAUUAUGAAUCCUCUCAUCUAUGGUUUUAAACUGACCAAAAUUAGGAACAAAAUUUCUGGUGUGGUUUAUUUUCAAAUGAAUGUCUGCAUCAUCUCAGCGGGAGAGAUCAGGAUGGAUCCUGUCAAGGUGGUGGCGGUAGAAGAGUGGUCACGACCUGAGGACCAUUAA